AAAUAACACGAUGAUACGACAGAAUAAAGUGUCGUAUGAUUGCGUCUAUACUGUCGUGAUGUCGUGUUGUCGCGUUAUGAAAAGGGCGAGAUUUUACAUGGCCACUAUCAGCCACCAUACUAAUCAGUAUAAGUUAAAGAAUAAAUAGUUUGUUGACUGGAAAUUCUAGUGGUACUUAGGGGUAAUUGCGCAGUCUUGAUAAAGACUUGAAAUACUUGACUACAUUAUAUCUGUUCAUUUCCGCUAUGUCCAUUGCGCAGGUGCACGUUUCAAGUCGCCAUUUUGGAGCCGAAAUUUAAACGGAUCUUGUUGACAAUUUAAAAAUAUGUGUACACAACAAUAUAUUAAGUGAUUACCGAGAUGCGAUUAAGAAAAUAGUAUAAUUAAGGCUUAUUUCUCACAAUGGUUUGGUGGAUUUUGACAUCUUUGUACUCGUUUCUUGUACAUUCUAUCUUAGAUUUUGUAUUUUUCAUUUUUGUCGACAUCGUCGCCAAAACAGUGUUGAAAGAAGCAGUGAGUGAUGAAGAGAAGCGGAGGAUUUGGUUAUUUGAAUCGGCAGCUUUAGUUUGUUUGUCUGUAGUGAUCUACUUAAUUGACCAUACACCUGUGGUUCUGAUACCUUUAACACUAUUCACCUUUCUUUAUACACAAUUGUAUCGGCGUGUUGACUUCCGCUAUUGGUGGAACUUAGUCAUAACACGAUGGGAAGAAGCACAGCAACACAAGGAGAGUAUGAUCCAAAGGAAGAAGCAUCAGUUGCAACAGAAAUCCCCACCUGGGGCACCAGUCUUAAGAACCAUACCACAUCCAGCAUACUACCCUCAUGUACAUACUCCCACAGCAGGGGGAUUCCCACCCAAUGUCACAGUGUCCCCAGGAUUGGACAGAAACACAUUUAUAGUAAGUCAUAACCAGGGACUCUAUCCUAAUUUAGAUCAAUUUAAGACAAAGCAAAAUGAAUUGCCAAAUUACCGUAGUAAAUUUACUGAUUCAGGAGGGGUGGGGAAUAGUUAUCUACAGGAUACCUCCAAUCCUUUCAAGCGUAAUAAUUAUGACCAGAAACCUGGAGAAGUUCAUGUGAAAAACAAUGCUUUUGAAACAGAAUUGAGGCGACGUCCACUUAGAGCUGAGAACAAUAGAAUAUUAUCUAAAAUUCCUGACCUUUAUUCUUCUGGUAGUUUUCUUAAAUCAAAAGUUUUAAAUGUGUUUGGACUUGGAUCUGGUCCUGCUGACAGUAAACCACCUGGUAUAAGGAACAAUGGCCAGAAUCUGUGUUUUAUUAACUCUGUUGUUCAGUGUUUAGCUCGUAGCCCGCAUUUAGUACAGUGUUUAUCUGUUGACUCUGCUAAAGAAUUAGAGUGUAGUGUUUCAGAAUCGAUUUUAUUAACAUCAUUUGUUGAACUAUUACACCAGUGUAGUGUUGACCCUGCAACAAACACUAUCUCCAGCUUAGAUCCAGCAGCAUUUAGACAAUCAGCUUCAGCUCUCAAUCCACAAAUUGUAUCGUCACCUGGACAACCACAGACUCAACAAGAUGCUGCAGAAUUCCUGAUGUGGAUACUGGACACUGUGCAUAAUAUUUUAAAUAAGAAUAGAAAGGCCCUACAAUCUGAUAAACACCAACAACAGUGUGGUAAUGAACGAUUCAGCACCUCAUCUCUGGCAAUGCUGAAGAAAAUAUAUGGAGAUUUAAAUAAAAAGAGAAUUAAAGAUUUAAAAUUAGCAUGUCAAUGUGAGAUUGAGCUAGCAAAUGGUUUAGAAAAUGAUUCUUAUGCAGAACCAAUACAGAGAUUGUCUGACUUAGAAUGGCUGACACAUAAACAUGAGAAUGAUUCAUCUGUUGAUGACUUGUUUAAAGGACAAAUUGUUGAAGCUUAUCACUGUUUACUGGAUAAUCACAUAUCGGUUAAAAUGCAGGCAUUCAAUAUUUUACCGGUACCUAUCAUAGCACCCAGUGUUACAUCUGGUCUUGUUUUAUUGGAUGAUUGUUUUACUAGUUUCUGUCAUGUCGAACAUUUGUUUGGACAGGAUGACUUACAAUGCUCUGUUUGCGUUAGCGAUUCCGGAAAGAAAACACCCGGAAUGAUAACACGGACACAAACACUAAAAAAUGCAGCAAGUACUCCACAAAAUUUAGUCAAAGGUCGCCCUGACUCCGCCUUCCAUUCUCCCUCCACAUCACAAAUGAUGUCACCAAUAAUUGGUAUAAGAGACAUUGUCAAUGAUAGUGGUUAUUAUGAUAAUGUUUUUAAAACUUCCACACCCAUUUCUGAAUUGAGUAAUGACAAAAAGAAAAAUUCUAAAGAUGUCCAAAGAAGAUGUUUGUUACGUCAGUUGCCAGAAUGUCUUACUAUUCAACUACUGAGGUUUACGUACAAUGCUCGAAGCGGACGUUCUAAGAAGAUCCGAACGCCUGUCAGCAUUCCACGGAAAGGUUUAGAUCUAAGGUCUAUAAUUUAUGAUAUGGUAACAGAUCGAGAAGACAUGACCGCACCAUCUGGCAGCCAUCUUUACGAUCUCUAUGGUAUCUGUUUGCAUCUGGGUGGCGAGAGUACAAAUAACGGACAUUAUAUUAGUUAUUGUUUGAAUGAUAAUAAAAACUGGUAUCGCUUCGAUGAUGAAAAAGUAUCGCAGGUUAAUAUGGCUGAAGAUAUUAAUUCACGAGAAGUGAGAGAAAAUAGUUACUUGUUAUUUUAUAAGCAGGUGGAACGAAACUAACAGAGAAUAGAAAAGGUCAAAAUUUAAUCUCUUUGUUUGUAGCUAGUGACAAUAUUAAAAAUCUGAUCUCAAAUACUUCAAAAGUUGCUUAUGAGAUGAAACAAAACAUAAAGGAUAUUGCGUUGUGCUAUAUUUUAUAUUCAUGGUCAUUUCUUCAUUCUUUCCUCUAAUGAAAAAUUGCUCUUAUUGAAAAUAGGCUAAAAUUAGGUGGAUUGAUACAUUUAUAUAAUUUUGCAUGUUUUAAUGGCAGGUUAACAUAAACAUUGUUGACAGAUUGUUUCAUGGUGUGGCAUGGCCUGUUAUACUGAUAAAACCACAGGGGCAGGUGGAGUUGAUUUUUAACUAAAUUUAAUUGUUACAAGAUGUUGAAAUUGUUCAAUUAGAAAAGAAUUGUUGUCCUUGCCUAAUUGAAUUACAGUACAUUUUGAAAAAGAUUUCUUGCUAGAUCAAUAAGCCAAAAGUCUAGUAUAUUCUAAUUAUUUUGCAAACUUGACUAUAUUUCUUAAAUUUGAAACAUGACAUUUGUUAUAAAUCAAGUAGCCUACUCCUGUCUUGUGUUUAUUAAACAGCUUUCUAAAUGUAUCAGUCGACCUUGCAAGAGUUAUUUCCCCCUGACCUUUCUGCCUUAUUUCAAUCGCUCAUUUUGUUACUGAUAGAGAUAAGUGAUCAGUGUCUUCAGUUAGGAGUGUUUCAUUUUAGAGAUUCGUUUACAAUUCUACACAAUAUGAACUGUUUAAUGUGGAAUUUGGUGCAAUCAAACACAGAAUUAUUGCUUACAGAAUAAAAAAAAGGAUGAUUUCUAACAGUACUUCAAUGUACAUGAUUUCUAACAGUACUUCAAUGUAUAUGAUUUCUAACAAUACUUCAAUGUACAUGAUUUUUAACAAUACUUCAAUGUACAUGAUUUCUAACAAUACUUCAAUGUACAUGAUUUCUAACAAUACUUUAAUGUACAUGAUUUCUAACCAUUCUUCAAUGUACAUGAUUUUUAAUUGUAAUUCAUGGUACAUGAUUUAAAUUGUAUUUUAAUGUGCAUGAUUCUCAUCUCUCAUCAUAUUUAAGUCAUGUGUUAUCAUACAUGUGUACAUCUUAACCCUUUCACUGCCAAUUACAGAUUUAUCUGUCCCAUCGCAUAUUUCCAUGCUGAUGCUAGAUUUAAUAGAUGAGACGAGGUAAAUUGUAUAAGUUACAAAAUUGAGUAUAAUGUUAUACGUGUAUGUUUAUAUUUAUUGUCAUGCUCGGUACCAGUAUCAUAUUUUUGUAUUUUAUUUGAAACCACAAUUUGAUAUUUUUGAUUUUAUACUCUGAUAACUUUACUAAUAAUUGAUGAAUAGGCAUUAGUUAUUUAUAACUUUUCCUCUAUAGAUCUGAAUCUUUGGUGCUUUAUUUUCUUGGACAGAUAGGAAUGUGUGUGCAUAACAAAACAAAGCUGGUUUAUACGCAUAUAUUACACUACUGUUUCAUUUCAUGUGUCUUUAAAUCUUGGCACUGUUAAAUAAUUCCAGUCUUUAAGUGGCUUACUCUCGAUGUGGUUUGUCAUAUCUUGAUCAAGGAAAACCGGUCGGUCUAUAGUGUGUGCAGGCCUUUAGAAUUAAAUUUAGAAGAAACAUUUUGUUCGUUUGUAUGUUCUAGUAAUUGAUCCUCUUUGAUAAUUUAAUCUAAAUUAGGAUUAGAUAUUAUAUAUUAAUGUAAUUUAAUCACUUUCAUCAAAAGAUUUUAAACUAAAAAGCUUUGGUCCUGUUAAACAACAUGCAGUGUAUUUGUAUGAGCUUUCACUGAACUCCUUCAAUACCACUAUACAUGUAAAUCGUAAUGAUUCAUAAAUUUUAACUUCAAAUGUUUUAUCUCUGCAUUUUAUAAGCAGAUUUCACAUGGUUUGGGCUAUCAUAAUAUAUUUGAACAUAUUGAAAUUACCUGUGUGGUAACAUCAAAUUAAAAUAUAAUUUUAUGUAAGAUCAAAAGCAAUUGUCAAAGUGAUAGUGCAUGUAGUAUUGAUGACCCCAAACUGUAUUUAGUUUUGUAAAUAUUCUGUUAUAUUAUUUAAAGGGGCAUUAUGUAAGAUUUAGAUAAAAAGAGCUGGCCAUUCUCGCUAUAAUAUUUCAAAAAUAGAUAAAGCAAAAUGAAUAUAUUGAAAAUUUCAUUAAAAUUAUGUUAUUUUGGUUUUCGUUUUGACAAGAUGUGUGCAUUGAUCGUAACCACCGUACUGGUUGUUCGAGCCUUAGUCUCGCUUCUCCAUUUUUAAAUUAAAUCUUCAAAAGGCUGAACCGUUCUGAUCUACUUAAAAUCAGAGCAAUCAAAUGGCAUCGAGAGUUGAUUAUGGUCUUGUUAUGUUAAAAAAUGUCUAAUUACAUAACAUUUCAGACCUAAACUAAAGACCUGCAAUAGCCAGAUUUAGCUCUUACAUAAUGCCUGUUUAACAGGUUAUUAGUUUUCUUAAAAAAUUUUAAGAAACGCCAUUUUUUCGGGAUGUGUCUCACUAUUCAGAUGAAAUAAGGUUGUGAUACUUGUACUAAAUUUAAGUUGCUUGGAUCAACUGAUGAUUUUUCAGAUUCUUCCUUCAUUAAGGACUACUCAUUUUUAAUUUACUAAGCAGAUGGAUAUUAAAAGACCUUUAAAAUGUGGGAUUCUAUUUGGUGGGGCAGAUUUUAAAAAAUAUUUAGCAUGCUUUUUAUUUUUUAUUUAUUUAUUUUUUUUGAGUCUGUAUAUUUUAUGGAAGCAUAAUGUAGAUUUUGUUUGUAUAGGAGUCAAAAUACACCCAACACCUCAGUAUUUUAAAUAUGCCAAGCCUUACAAAUUGUCCUUUGCGGUGCUAUUCAUUCAAAGGAAAAUUCAGCUUGUUAGUAUCAGAAUUACAUACAUGUAAGUACAUAUAAAAACUUGGUAGUCUAUCUUAUUUAGCACGUCAUAUUUAAAAAGCAAUAAAAAGAAAAUAUCAAGGGCAAUUUGAUUGAUCAGUAACCUUAUUUGAUCUAGAGAUUCUGGAGGAAUUUUGUAGGAAUAUUACUGACAUAAUUUUGAAUAACAUAUGAAGAAUAACAAAGUACACCUAUUUUUUUUAUUACAUACGAAUUUAAAUAUUUUGUUGACAAGUGAUUAUUAAAUUGUGAUCUGAAACCACCUGCUUAAAUAACAGGAAGAGUUAUGCCCCUAUAUUUUCUGUAAAAAUGUCCAACAAGAAAAAUUUUGAAAUCCCAACACUGUUCUGGACACUGGUUUUAAGGAAAAGAUGUCCAAUGGGACGUAAAAAUAAUAAAAUCAAAUGUAAAUGACAUCUGAUCUUAAUUUGAUUAAUAGUGAGACACAUUUUUGUUUAUUAUGAAUUCUUAAAGGCAGCAUUUAGAAAUCCUCAUCAAAAAUAAUCAAUAUGGUUGAUAUUGAAAGUUGAUAAUGAUUUUGUUCUGUAGAUAAUGUAGCUCAUUUUGUUAAUUUUUUUUCCCCCAAAGAAAAUAGUUUGAAAGUUUUAAAUUAAUGUUAGUUGUUUGUAUUUUAAUGUAAUUAUGAUAUUGCAGGAUUUAUUGUUAUAAAAUGCAAUUAAUGUUAUAAGUUUUUUUGUUUAUACAUGUAUGUAGAUAGUUUGACUUUCUAAAUUCAGGACAUUUUACUUAUAAACUUGAUGUAAAUGCUUCAAAAAAUUAUACUAUAAUAGUGCAUCUUCAAAAUGAAACAGAAACAAACUUUACUGAAGAGAAAAUAUACUUUUGACACUCACAAGCUGCAGAAAUUGAACCUAACUUUUUAUAGAAAAGAAUACAUUUGUAUAGAAAAAAAAUGUUUAAGGGAAAAGUUGGUUGUUUUAAGACCUGAUCUUAAUGCAUUAUUUUCUUUAUAAAAUAUAAUGGAAAACUUUUGUACAUCAAUCUAUUAAUUCUUGAGCAUACGUGUGGUUACUUACCUUAUGUUUAAAAAAAAGUUAGGAUGCAUAUUUUUAGUUUAUAUUUAAGAGAAAGUCUGUAAAGAUAAAUUUUACUGAUUUUUAUCUGAAAGUAAUUACAAAUAAAAUGAUGAUGAUGACAGCAUUAAUGUAAAUCAAAAACAUUACAAUAUUCCAUGACGAUUAUAGGAUAUUGUUGUUGUGCAUUGAAAUCCACCAUUGCCUUUGUUUAUGUUGUUGAUUAAAUGCCCUUUCAAGCUUGAUAGAUAUAUUAACCGUAAAGAUACAUUAUGGGAGAUUAGAUAAAGAGCUAGUAAAUAAUGUAAAGGGAAUUUGCUGAAAAUUUCAGUCAAAUUGAUCCACCCUGAACAGAGUAUUUAGCGAUUGAAUUUUGGGCCUAGCCUCAAUCAUCAUUACUGAAGUCGGUACAAUAAAAAACAUAGUUUAGAUCAUCCAUUUUUUGAUUUAAUCAGAAGCAGCAUACCGGGUUCUAAUCCAGUAAAUAUCACAGGCUAGUGAUGCCAUCGAGAGUUGAUUAUGGUCUGGAUAAGUUAGUUAAUGUCUAAUUAAUAAUUUAGAUAACAUUUCAGGCCUUAAGAAAGACCUGCUAUUGGCAGAUUUAGCUCUUGCAUAAUGUAUGUUUAAAUUAUAAUUAGGUUAUUUGUCAGACCCUGAGAACUUUUUGUGCCCUCGAUAUAAUGGUAGUGUUUUAUACCAGUACAAAUGAUAGCUUCAUGUUCAGCUAAGUCUGUCCACUGGCAUGCAUGAAGUUGGAUUUAACCUGACUUAUUUCUGUUUAUUUAUCCCAUGACUUGCUAUCUAUUUAGAUAAUGGUCCAUAAGAGUUGUGGUUUAUCAAGAAUAAUUAAACAAGUUAUUUAUUAAAAAGCAUCAGUCACACACAGCUUUAGACAUCGUAGCAUGUGCAUUUCUUCCACAUUGCAAAAAGUCCUCUAGUGGCAGAGAUGGAAUAAGUUUGCAUGGGGUCCCUAGCUGAAAAUGUCACUUGGGUCCUUGUAUCAUCAGUGAGAAGGGGGCUUAUUCUGGUCAUUGUCUGUAACUCUUAACACAAUUGGUAUAUCAAUAUGGUAGAUAGAUUUUUUAGAGGCCAGAUUAUAUUUUAGAACUAAUUUGGGGGCCCCUGGUUGAAGCCCAAUCAGACCCCCCUCCCUUUAAUCCAGCCCAGCCUAGUGACACCUAUUUUAAUAUUUAUGAAUUGGCAAAUUAGUUUCAGUUAAGGUAUAUCUAAAGAUAUGAAGUUAUCAAUAUAACCUGGUAGUUAUAGUAUUGAACUGCCAUGGAAAUAUAUCUUUGAAAUAAAUACUUUGUUUUUAUGUAUCCAUAGAUAUGACCUUAAUGCUGUGAAAUAAUUUGGUAGAUUCAGAGCUUCUAUAUAUAAGGCUCUGGGUAGAUUGGUGCUAAAAGGAGAACAAUUUCACACUUUUUAUAUUCAACAAAAUGGCGUACCGUAAUUUGCAUUUUCGGUUAAAUAGCAGUUGUGGCGAGAAUGCGGUGUCCAUUUGGUCAAUUUAAUUUCUGAUUCUACCUAACCUUAGUUAUUGGGUUCCAGUUUCUCUUGUGGACCUCUCCAUGAUAUUAAUAUAUGUAUAAGUUAAUAUUACAAGUAAACAUAUUAUGUAGCCUACCAGUAUAUUGUUUUGUUCAUCAAAAUCUGUGCAUUAUGUUUAUGAAGUCAGCUUGUAUUAUGUUAAGCUAUAAAUAUAUUGUACUAUGAUAAA